AUGACGGCCAUCAUAGGGGCUGACGGCAAAGCCAGCUCUCUUCGCAAGCUCGUAGUGGACGGAGUGGACGACUCUGCUAUGGUUCAGGUCAAGUUCUGCCUCAAGUACCGGACAAGUUACGGUCAAUCCGUAAAGAUUAUCGGCUCCCACCCAAAGCUCGGUUCCUGGGACAUCAACAAGGCCCUUAAUUUGGACUGGACUGAUGGUGACCGGUGGAUAGCGGCGGUGGAACUCCCGGCGGGGGCCGUGUACGAAUACAAGUAUGUUCUGGUAGACCAUGACAGCCGCGCCACACUUGCAUGGCAAGGCGGCGGCAACAGUGUACUGGCUUUGGGCGAUCAGGACGGACAGGGCGUCGAGGUGCAGGAUAAUUGGGUGGGGGGGGGUGGGCAGCAGCAUUUGGGGUGCUUCUGCAUCACGUGGUCAGUGGCGUCUGGGUGCCGGGGUAACAAUCCAGGCCAGGCCGCUGUCGUCGUGAACGGUGUCUCCACGACGAGAGAAAGCAAGCUGCAGGCCUGGGCUAAUGAGAUGCGGCAGUACCGGGCCAUGGCCCGUAAUGCGCAGUAUGAGCUUUCCAGGAAGGCGGAGGAGCUGCAGGCGUCCAAAGCACAGGUCGCCCGGCUCAAGAUGGAGUUGAGUGUGAGCCUGAAGGCCAGGGAGGACCUGGAGGCGCGUCUGGCCGAGGUGGAGAGUGAAAACCUGGCUCUGCGGGCACAGGUAGCCCAGAGCCAGAUUGCCAUGAAGAGCACGCUCGAGGAGGCCAUCAAGCUGCUACAACAAGAGAUUGAGGAGGGUGAGGAGGAGUUGUACAAUGAGGAGGAGGAGGAGGUGUAUGUCCCGGCCGCUGGUGGCAACGGAAAGACAGCCACUUCCAACGGGGCCAGCCCUUGGAGCUGGGGCCGUGGCAAGGAAGCCGAGACGGUUUACGCUGGCAGCAAUGGAAACGGCUCUACGUUCGAGCGGUUUGGAUUCCGUCUUAGCGGCAAUCCUUUUGACAUGCAAGGCGAGCAAGCGGCUACAAGGCCGUCUACAGAGCGUGCCUCAGACCUUGGUGCUGCACGUGUAGCCACGACCUCUAGUGGCAGCGGCUCCUCGUACACCGGCAGUGGGCACGUCUUAGCCGAUUGGCGGACGCGGCUCAGCAAUGGCGGCCAGUAA